CACACUUCUGGUCCCGACACAGACUCGGAACUACCACCAUGGUGCUGUCUCCCACCGACAAGACCAACGUGAAGACCGCCUGGGGUCACGUUGGUGGCCACGCUGGCGAGUAUGGCGCAGAGGCCCUAGAGAGGAUGUUCCUGAGCUUCCCCACCACCAAGACCUACUUCCCCCACUUCGACCUGAGCCACGGCUCCGCCCAGGUCAAGGCCCACGGCAAGAAGGUGGGCGAUGCGCUGACCCAGGCCGUGGGACACCUGGACGACCUGCCCGGCGCCUUGUCGGCUCUGAGCGACCUGCACGCCUACAAGCUGCGUGUGGACCCCGUCAACUUCAAGCUCCUGAGCCACUGCCUGCUAGUGACCCUGGCCCUCCACAACCCCCAAGAUUUCACCCCUGCCGUCCACGCCUCCCUGGACAAGUUCUUGAGCAAUGUGAGCACCGUGCUGACCUCCAAAUACCGUUAAGCUGGAGCCACGGCCAUCCCUGCCCCCAGCCCGGGGCCCUUUGCGCUCAGGGCGGGCUCUUCCUGAUCUUUGAAUAAAGUCUGAGUGGGCUGCA